AUGCCCAGCGACUCCUUCAAAAUCAUCGCCGUCAUAGGUGCCACGGGAAACCAGGGCUCGUCCGUGGCGAAGACUUUCGCUGCAUUGCCUCACUGGCGAGUGAGAUGCAUCACUCGGAACGUCGAAUCCGAAAAGGCCAAAGAGCUCCACAAGCUAGGAUGCGAGCUGGUCCAAGGCGAUCUCGAUGACGAAUCGAGCCUGCUCAAAGCCUUUCAAGACGUUCACGCGGUCUUCGUCAACACUGAUUUUUGGGGACAAUAUCGUGAGGGCUUACAGUCCAACAGACCGCACGAUGAGGUUUGCAAAGCGAGUUACGACAUGGAAGUUCGACACGGGAUCAACGCUUUUCGAGCUGCUGCUAAAAUCCCCACCAUUGAGCGAUACGUCUAUUCCGCUCUUGGUCCAAUGAAACGGGCCAGUCAUGGAAAGUACACCAAAUCCUUUCACUGGGAGACAAAGGCGGCCAUUGUCGAUUUCAUCUGCUCUCAACACAAUGAUCAAGAGCUGUCCAGUCUCGCCGAAAAAUCCUCGCUGAUCUAUGUUGGAUGUUUCACCACCAACGUAUUCCUUAGACCUCAGCUAGAUCCCAAGGACGGCAGUUACAAGGUCGUUUACCCUGGUCCUGCGACUACGACUUUCCCCAUCAUUGACCCAUGUCGUUCAACAGGCCCGUUCGUUCGAGCUCUCGUAGAGGAUAAAGCUCCAGGUGCUCGACUUUUGGCUUGCGACGAGGAACUCACUCUGAAAGAGUGCUUUGACCUCUGGUCUAAUUAUACUGGCAAAUCAUACACCUUUCGACAAGUCACCUUGGAGGAGAUGCACGAGAUCACUGGUAAACCAUACGAGAUCUUGCACGGCGCUGCUUUCUUGGCAGAGUAUGAGUAUACUGCAGGAGUACCACGAGCGAUCAAGCCCGAAGAUCUCAAACAUAGACCCAAGACGGAUUCAUACGAGGAUUUUGUAAAGAGGCAGACGAUGGGCUUUCUGCUGGAUCAACCUGGAGCGUCUCCGAAGUAG